AUGAGCAAGUGGGAUGAAGAAGCCAUUAAUAUGGAUCACCAUGCAUGUUACGUUCUACGCGUUUGGGGCCGUUGGGCCAUUGGCGGGAAACAUUUAAGGAAAUCAAAAAUUGGAACUGGUUUUUAG